AUGGUAAGACCCGUGAAGUCGGAAAGUGCAUUGCCAUCGACUCUGACAGCAUACGGAGGUUCAGGGUGCGUCGCAAUGGCCGUUUCUAGUGACGGAAUCACAAUCGCCGCCUCCACGGACGACUACAUUAACAUUUACCCAGUGUGCUCAAUUUGGGUGCCCUGUAUUAGCUUGAUAAUUCCGACGCAAAUAUGUCCAAACAACCUGGACCUACAGACUGAGGUAUGCGGAAACCCAGAAUGCCUUUAUCGACGGACUUAUGAUCCGUAUAUAAAGCCGCCAUCGAAGGUAAUACGUAUGAAGCUGGGAAAACGACGAACGAUGUCACAGGGGACGAUACAGAUACUGAGUUUUUUUGGAGAUAAAAAUGAAUUCUUGGUGGGAGUUGGACCCUUUUUGCUAGUUAUAUACGAUUUAACGAGGAUGGACCCGAAUCCAAUUAUCACAAUUGAUAUGCGUUACUUUGGAGAGGACGCGAUCGCGUAUCCGUUUACAAUGCAAGCAUCGUUCACAAUUUUGAAUAUAUACCGCAAUUAUAUGUACAAUAAUAGCACGCUGUCGUGCAUUGACUUCUUGUUUAGCACGAGGCCCUACGUUCCAACCUAUUACCGAGUGCUUUUUAGUGAAGUCGAUAAGUGGUGGUUCGUGGACUGCAGGUACACGUCAGGCAUUCUGCCGAGAGAUUCCUUGGACGAAGAUGUGCCAUAUAUUCUGUACAACCACGAUGGCUCAAGUGCAAUUGGAUCAAAAAUGCACAAAGAAGCCCAUCAAAAUUCAGAGAGUUGUGUAUAUAGCAAUGGUUAUAUGGAUACGGAUGACCUAAAUCAUAAUCAACACGCACGCCCUAGUACGACCACGACUACAACGACCACGAAUGAAAACACGGACGUUGAGAAUGAUGAUACACAUACUUCGAAACCGACCUUAAUUCAGAAUUUGGGGCACGAAAUUGGAGAUUUUCUAUAUAAUUAUCCUCAGGAGCCCGACUCAGGUUCUGAGGCGCAAAGCAUCGGAGAGGAUGGACUCAGCUCGACAAUGGAGGGCGUGGCUGACAUGGAUGCGGGAACGGAAAACGAAGAGACGCAGAGUGAAGACUCGGACACGAACAUGAACAACUCGGACGACUUGGAAGACAGCAAAAGCAACGCCUCAGACCAGACGUACAGGGACAGCAACUUCCCAUACUUGGAGUCAGGCGCCCUGGAGGUGUCAUCAAAUUUUUUGUUCAGAAACAGUGAGAAAUCAGUGUACUACGGAUUCUCGCUCUUGGAAAGAAGGUUUAUCUGCAGCAGCGACAAAGUGAAGAAGCACGCUAAGGUGAUAGGCGAAGGAACACUGACGUACGAGCAGGAGUUUAUAUUUGGCACAUUCAUACCACUGGCAUCGGUGGUGGUCCUAAAGCUGACGCUGCCGAACAAGUUAUGCGUGCGGAGGGGGAAGAUAAGGCACUGCGAGUUGAGUGAGACCUCUGUGGAAAUACUAUCGGACAUUGUGAUAUCGGCCGCUGGCAUGAAGGCACACUCGUUUAUUUCAAGGAGUCUAGGGAGGCUCUUUACGAUUCUCUUCAACGAUAGGUUCUACGUUCUCAAAUACACGACAUCCUCUGUUGUUUCAACACAGUUAGAGGAAAAUCUUACUAUGGCAACAGUGGCUGAAGAGCACCUUAAUGAUGAAGUUAAACAUUAUUGUGUGAAUAUUGCCUCACACAGCAAUAAGUGUUACAGACUUAGAAACACUUACGAUUCUGAGGAGGAGUCAGUCAGCGUGCAGUUCUGCCACUACGACCCUGUGUUGAAGGUCAGAUACACGAUGGGAUGCUUCGACACCUCCAACGGAGACGGGUACCUAGCAAUCUGCAACAACUACAGCUCGCAGUGGACGCUGCAGAUAUUCAGCCUCUCCUCUCAGUCGGGAGUGGACGCAAUCAGACUCGUGCUCGACGCGUCAAAGUGCAACGGCUUUAUGCAGCUCUGCUGGAUACCCUUCAGCAACAAGAUGUUCGUCAUCUCGAAGAUGAACGGGGAGCUGUAUCAGCUCGAGCCGAAGGUGACCAGGAGCUGGGUUGGCCUCAUACCCAACUUUUCGUCCAUAGACAAGAACCUGGAGUUCAUCGAGGACGAGAACAUAUUUGACCUGGAGCCCACGGCGCGUGUCGACUCGCCCAACGACGGAGGUGACCCUGACGACUCAGGAGCUGAUAGCGACAUCCUGCAAGCAGUGGAGAACGACAUAAUGACCAGCCACAGGUACCCAUUCACCGACCUCGGCUUCUCGCUUAUCGGCAACGAGUGGCUGAAGCCGAUGCGCAAGCCUGACAUAUCACAAUAUGACGCAGUGCAUCACACCCAUGAAAAAGAGCUCCACGACCUUUACCACCAACUAUUCUAG